GUAUGCGGCUGCCAGUGCCAUCCGUCAGUUCAUGAGUUUGACAUAUUCUAGUGAGUUAGCUGAUUUCGCUGGAUUAGACUAGAAAAAUGCAACAAAUAAAUUUCCAGCUAACACAAUACGUAUUAGCGGCCCUAUUUAUUAGUCCUAUCCUAGCAGAAUGGAAUACCCGGGACUACGUGCGGCGGGAGCACUCCCUCACAAAACCGUACCAGGGAAGUGGGAUGUCGGUGCCUUACUGGGACUUCUUAGGUAGCACAAUAGUGACAACGAAUUACGUUCGUUUAACCCCCGAUUUGCAGUCUAAGUCCGGGGCUAUUUGGAACACUCAGCCAUGCUACACUCGCAAUUGGGAGCUCCAAGUGCAAUUCAAAGUCCACGGACGUGGCAAAGACCUUUUCGGAGACGGCUUGGCUCUGUGGUACGUCAAGGACCGAAUGAUGUACGGACCCGUGUUCGGUAGCAAGGACUAUUAUACCGGUCUGGCUAUUAUACUGGACACGUAUAGCAACCACAAUGGAGCGCACAACCACCAACACCCCUACAUCUCGGCGACGGUGAACAACGGCAGUUUGCACUACGACCACGAUAGAGACGGAACGCAUACGCAACUAGCCGGCUGCGAGGCGAAAUUCCGGAACUAUAACCACGACACGCAUCUCAGCAUUGUUUACAAGGAUGACACACUUAUCGUAUCAACCGACUUGGAAGGCAAGAACGCUUGGAAGGAAUGCCUCAGGGUGGAAAACGUGCUUCUACCCACCGGGUACUACUUCGGUGCUUCGGCGACGACGGGGGAUCUGAGCGAUAACCACGACAUCAUCGCUAUCAAGAUGUACGAGUUGGAUCUGUUGGAUUCUCAAAACAAAGACGAGGACCGCUCGCACAUAAUCCCAUCAGCGCGGACCUUCGAGGCGCCCCGCGAACACAUAGACGACCCGAAGCCCGCCAUGUCCGGCGUCAAGACCUUCCUCUGGAUGAUGUGCAUAGCCAUCAUUGUCAUCGUGUGCGUUGUUCUUGGUAUCAUGUGGUACCAGAAGCGGCAGGAACAUUCUAGAAAACGGCUGUAUUAAUGUGACCGUAUCACCGUGAAAUCCGUACAUCCCGUCAGCCUAAACCUUCGAGGCGCCCCACAACCCGCCAUGUCCGGCGUCAAGACCUGUGGAUGAUGUGCAUAGCCAUCAUUGUCAUCGUGUGCGUUGUUUUUGGUAUCAUGUGGUACCAGAAGCGACAGGAACAUUCUAGAAAACGGCUGUAUUAAUAUUGUAUAUCCCAUCAGCCCAAACCUUCGAGGCGCCCCACAACCCGCCAUGUCCGGCGUCAAAACCUGUGGAUGACGUGCAUAGCCUUCAUUGUCAUCGUUUGCGUUGUCCUUGGUAUCAUGUGUUACCACAGAAUAAAAUAAAUAAUAGUAUUAAUAAAUUACAUCAGAUAUGACCGCUAGGUGGCGCAAGCGCGAGCAGGCGUCCGUUCCGCAACGGUACGCGGCAACUACUACUGCUAGACACCAAAAUUGGUGUGGGCCGCAUGUACUUGUAGCGACGCGACGAAAUCGCGGAGUGAGCUACGCCUGGUACCAGAAGCGACAGGAGCACUCGAGAAAACGGCUGUAUUGUCCUGUUAUAAGAUCAUAAACCUUAUUGUGAAGACUUAAGGUCUAGUUAAGAAUGUUAGAACAGCAGUAGUGAAUCCUAGAGUGAAACGGCAAGCUCGAUGUAGAUGGCGCUGCAGUGAUGUUUUAACUGACAGGUGAGAUAUUUCAACAUCCUUUUUCGAAUGAAAAUACAUACAAGCCUUUUUUUUGUUUACUGAUUUAGAAACUUGAAAUAUGUGCUUGAUUAUAUUUUUUUAUUGCUGCAUUAAAUUUCACGAAUAUAACAUUUAUUUAAAUCUAUAGACAACAGAUAACGGGAAAUAUAUGUCAGUUGGAAUCACUUCUCUAAAGCGCCCUCUGUAUUUUCUGUUUUUAACCCCAUUGAGAAAUUAGGGUACAUCGCCAAUUAUUAGCCAGUUUUCAAUUACUGGCCACCUAUACUAAAAUGAAUUCUGUGUAUAGGUGAAUAGAACUCAUUUUUGUAAGAGGCGGCCAGUUAUUGAACGAGUGGGUUGUGGAUAAAUUUCAGUUACUGGCCAUUUUCCUUAUACUGAAAAUGAGUUUUAUUUAUCUGUAAAUAGAAUUCAUUUUUGGAAUAGGUGGCCAGUAAUUGAAAACUGACUAAUAAUUGGAUUUUCGUACCUUAUAUACUAAAAUGAACUUUGUUCACCUAUAAAUAGAAAUCAAAUUAAGUGGCCAGUAAUUGGGGGGUGGCUAGUAAUUGGCGAUGUACCCUACUUUGGCAAUAUUUUUUUUAUUCUUUGACUUGUUUAAAAUGUAAAUUGCUUGCAAAAGUUAUUUCUCGGCGUAUUUAUAUGUACAAUGUCCUGUUUGUAGUAAACUAGUGAUGGGCAUAAUAUUUUGUAAAGAUCAAUUUAGAAAACAAUAAUUGUAUCAUUGAAUGUGUUAAAAUCCAUACGAGUUUUUGGUUUAAUUUAACGUAGCUCAUUUGUUUCAUAAUAAUCGCCAACGAAGAACUAAUUGCGAAGUUAUAUUUUCCUAAUUGAUUUUUAUGAAGUAUAGUUUGAGAUGAGGGAGUGAAUCUUAUAAAGAUAAAAUUUUUGUGUAAUUUUUAUUUUAGUUACUGUACAACAGACACAAGAUUAAUUAUUUAGCACUUCCCUAGAAUUAUCUACUUUACGUUACUUCGUAACCUGUGUGAAAUAGGGUCGAAAGUAUUAAUUUAUGACCCACUUCGUACCUUGUCACAGUGACAAUCAAUAUGAAAGUCGCUAGGGACCUCAUACUAUGGUCACUGUGACAAGGUACAAAAUGGGUCAUAAAUUUAAACUUUCGACUGUACAAGGAUGAAUUAAAAGUUCAAAUAUGAAUUUAAGUUGAAUAUUAACUUUACGCAUUAUUGACAAUAGGCGUAGCGUUUAACCCUUCGACUGCCGAGAGACGACAUAUGGCGCGCGCGACUACAGCUUAAUAUCAACCUUCGUGCAUUUCGACAAGCUAUGCGAAGACGCGGCGCGCACGGAGGCACAGAGUAAGUAAUAGUAUUAUCAUACAGAACGGCCACGCCCCGCCCCGCCCCGACUCGCAUUACCUCGCCCCGCGACAUGAAUCUGGCGGACUUCUGACGUCCUCUCAGUAAAGCGACUUACCCACACACCACACAUACACAAUGACGCGUGUACAGAUGUGCCGCGCACACAUAUAAACGCAAAUGAUUUUUGAUGUAUGGCGUGUCCGCCCUGUGACGAAGGGCAUAGCGUUAUUGGCGUAAGGGUUAAAGAGGUAUUGUACAUCACUAUUGUAGUACGUGCACUUUUCAAAACAUCUUCGUGGUAUGUGUCCUUUAAAAUCAAUGUAUUGAGAGAAUGGUAAGUCUUUUAAGACCGCCCAUUUUAUAUAACAUACAAGAAUAAACUUUAUUCAAAUGUAUUAAGGUUGUCGGCUACGCCCGUCUGGCGAUCAAAGGGUGAAAUUGUAAUGUAAUUACAUACUUUUGCUGUAGAAUCUGUAGAACGCUUUUUGUUGCUAAUAAUUUGUAAUUAAAGUAAACGUACUGGUGCUCGACGCGGUCCCAGUACAUGUCAUCUUGAAACUUAAGUAAUUGUCAAUAGAGGUGACGGCAAGGCGUCAUCUAUUGGUCAUUAGCAUGUCGAGCACUAGUACGUUAACCUUAUGAGCUUCUUAACCAAUGAAUUAGCCUUGGUUACUUGGCUCUAAAAAUUGGCUGAUGCUAAUUAAAACAAUUAUUAUAAAUGAUCUGGAAAACAUUCCUUUUGUAUCUUGAUUUUAUUUUCUUCGGAACUACAAACAAACCGUGUUCGGGCUUUGACAAAUAUAUAAGAUACAUAAAAACAAAUAUAUAGUGCCUUUGCAAAAAUUUUAUAUAAUACAUAACGGAUUAUAAUAAUUUACAAUGCUGUACAGUUUACAUUUAAUGAGUAUUAUUGGUCAAAAUUAUACAAAAACGAGUUUGCGUAAUAACGAGUACAUUACUUUUAAUAUGGCACAGGGAUGAAUUAUUUUCUCAUAAGAGUCAUAAGCAAUAAUUACAUAUCUCAUUAUAAACCUUUUGCCGCCUCUGUCACAUUAUAUAAUAUAUAUGUUACCUAUAGAGUCGGGCCAAUAUAACUCUGCAUGGCAUUUGCAACGAAAAAGUGUGGCAAUGUCAUCAUUAAUGUCAAAUUUCUAUGAAAAUAUGACGUUUAUUAUGACAUUCCCUUUCUCUUCAAAUCGGUGCCAAGUUAGCUAGAAUCUACCCACAUUAAAUUUAUCAUAAUAGCAAACAGAAUAGUGUAUACACGGUGUAACAUGAGGAAACCGAAUAAUUUUAACCACGCAUUUCUGAGGUCAAAAGAAGGCAAAAAUUUAAUAUGACUUUAGGUCAAUUUCGCAAAAAAAAAAUUUUUUGUUAUGUUUUUUUCAAUUUUUUUAAUGUAUUUGUACAGUCGACGUCAAAGAGAAAUUUACAGCCAAAGUAACAAAAAAAUGUUUACACGACCUAAAUGCUGUGACAAUAAAGUCGUGUAAAUAAUUUUUUGUAACGUUAGUCGUAAAGAUCUCUUUGACGUCGACUGUACAUAAAAAAUAAAUGUUAUUGGUAAACUUGUUACUUAAAAUUGAUUUUUACUAUUUUUUUUUGUAAAACCUUUUUUUGCAAAGUGUUACUUGUCACUUUUUGACAUCUAUCAAUAAGGAUAUUUAGACUACGUCCCAUAGCAGCAACAUUACCAUCAAAAAGGCCUUUUACACUAUGUAACAACAAAAACUUGUUUAUUUUUAAAUUAUUAUUAUCUCUGAAACUAGGCGAAUUUCAAAAAAGUUUAUAGGACAUUUUUGUCUCUAAAUAUGAUCAGGAAUACGCUGUUAAAAUUAUUCGGUUUCCUCGUGUUACACCGUGUAGAGAGUUAUUACUGUCAUGGAAAAUUAUGUAGUCACAGUACAUUUACUGCCAUCUGUCGACAGAAGAUUAAAACUGUUAGAACUCCAUUUGACUUUGAUCCUAAUUCACAAAUAUGUGUUAAUUAGUUAUAUAUUGAAAUUAACGCCAUCAAAGUUUAUGGCGCUAUCGCUCGCAAAAGAUUGCACCAUACCUUUUGCCUACGUCGAGUAGAUGGCGUUAAUUUCAAAUUUUAACUAAUUAACACGUAUCAGUGUAAGGAUAAGGUUCAAAGUCAAAUGGCGUUCUAACAGUUUUAAUCUUCUGUAGACAGAUGGCAGUAAAUUUACUGUGGCUACAUAAUUAACUUUGACAAUCCGACUCUAUUUCAAAUCCUCUUUGAUAAUAGCUAUGUUUUUUUUUUAGCAUUAGAAAUUAGGUAAACAAUCUUGAUGUGUCUUUUAAUUGAAAAACACGUUUUAAAAAUAAGUUACAUCAAAUAUGUAACAAUUAUGAAUCUAAUACGAUCAUUUAUAUUCUUCUGCUUUCAUAAGUAUUAGUUAUUGAUUUUUAAAAAGCAUUUUUCAAUUAAAAGGCAAAUCAAGAUCGCUUACCUUCUUUCAAGUUCUUUCUAAUGUUAAAAAUUAACGAACUAUAGUGGCGGUAAAUGGGUUAAUAUUAUUAUUUAGUUAGUACUUAGUAUAACGCAGCUUUGCUCUCCUAUGUCAAAUUUGGUUAGAAUUGUAUAUUAUUUUAGUUCUUAUUGAUUAUCCUAUAUCACAUUGUUAUUGUUUUUAUACAUAAAUAAAUGUAACCUGAGUAAUAAUGUAAGCAUACAAGUUCGCUUGUAUAAUAUGUAAUAUUACAAUACCUACAUUAUCUUUUAAAAUUUGGGUUGUAAAUUAUAAGAAUUCAAUUGUUAAUCCUACUUUAAAGAAACUGGGACGAGUUUUGGCGAAUUAUUAUUGGUAAAAAGCACUCUAUUAUUUUCAUGUUAAUUCUAUGUUUUCAUAAUUAUUACUCAGGCUAUUUUCUAAGUUAAGUAAUAACUACCAGUACAUGUAACAUAAUAAUAAAAAACUUCAUUUUCUCCAAUAUGCUCGGAAAUGUUCACCUUACUGUAGCAAAAAUAGUACGGGAAGUUCUUCGUUAAUGUCAAACUCUAACUAAAAAACAUCAAACUAUCGCUGUCCUGUUCUAGCGGACGGGAAGUAAAAAAACACUACAGUAAUAACUUAUUACUGUAGUGUUUUUUACUUUUUAAUAAUAAAAAACGCAAACAGCCAAUUAUUAUUGCCGUGAGCCGCUUCUACACGACCCGAUCAGCUAUCAUUUCACGUGUAUGAUCGUGCGAAUACUGCUUAAUAAAAUCAAAGAUUUUUUUUUUUUUAAUCUCAUCCGUGUUCAUAAAGCUUACAUAGUUUGUCAAAGGACUUUCUCAUUUCAAACAUAGACAAAGAGAAUCAUACUAUCUUUGUCUUACACUAGUACUAGCACCCAAAAGAAAAGGAUGGGUGUAGUUUUCCUGGUUCUUACUGACUGAAAAGUUGGUUUGACAAACUAUAUUGCGCAAUUAUAUUGAAUGAACGAAUAUUGAAUGGUACUGAAUGGCAGAAUAAGUUUGUGCCUUUAACUUUUAAAAAUUAACUAAAGAGGGAAAUUGUUUUUGACAUUUUGGAUGUGAAGGUUUGAUUUGAGUGAUGCUUGAUGCUUAAAUAAUAAUUAUUUUAGCUUAUUUCCUCGCAUGUUUGGAGAAAAGCACUAUAUAUGCCUCGGCAGGAACAGCAAUUCGUGGAUUCGUCUUCUUUGUCGGACUCCGCUUCG